CGACACGCCGCGAGAGACGUCCGCCCCGCAAGUACGCGGCGCAACCAGAACCGCGACGAUAUGCCGCGACCCACACGCGACUCCUACGGCGACCAGAAGCCGCCCUUUUCCUACAUCGCUCUCACCGCCAUGGCCAUCUGGAGCUCCCCGGAGCGUAUGCUGCCGCUGUCAGAGAUCUACCGCUUCAUCACAGACCGUUUCCCGUACUACCGGCGCAACACGCAACGCUGGCAGAAUUCACUGCGCCACAACCUCUCCUUCAAUGACUGCUUCGUGAAGGUGCCGCGGCGGCCCGAUCGGCCAGGCAAGGGCGCCUACUGGACGCUGCACCCGCAGGCCUUCGACAUGUUCGAGAACGGCUCGCUACUGCGCCGUCGCAAGCGCUUCAAGCUACACAAAGGCGAGAAGGAUAGCCUGAACGCCGAGUUAGCAGCUUUGGCGACCUUCAACAGGGCGUUUUUAGCGCGCCAAGCGAACGCUCCUCUGCCAUCGGCGAGCUUAUCGAGUGGAAUGUACGCUCCCGUGACAAUUUGUCCGAGACCAAGUCCCGAGCCGAUCGAAGUGCCGGACACGUCGGCGCUGCUGCCGGCGUGUCCGCGGCCUCGACGAGCGUUCACGAUAGACGCGCUGCUGGAGCCAGAGCCGAAUCGCAGCUCGCCAUCUCCGCCCGCGCAGCCGCAGCCGCCACCGCCGCGCUGCCCGCUGGCGCUACCGCCGAACCCAUACCUGGUGGCGGCGCAGCGCUACCACGCCGAACUGCUGGCGGGCCUGCAGCAGUCCUGCCUGCCCCCGCUUUGGACGUGGCGCGACACCAGCCAAUUCUCACAUUACACACUUAAUUCAUGAAUGGUAGCAUCGUUUUGUAAAGAUCUCAGAAUUAGCUCUAGUUAUAAGGAACUCUAGAGGCAUUUAAUUUUACGCCUACAAGUGUUAGAAAAUUAGUGAACAAAAAAAUUAGGAAAAGAAGAGUUUGAUUUUA